AUGAGCCAGAUCGUGCGCGCGCUGGAGGGCGACGCGUCGCUGGAGGAUCUGCACCAGGACGGCGUCAAGCCGGGGCAGAGCGUGCUCUUCUCCGGCGGUAGCUCCGACAGCAUCUCCCGACUAAGGCAGAUCGCCUUCGACAGCGGCGAAUACGGCGACUACACCUCGGACUACAGCACCGACUCCUCAAUCGGUGGCCGACCGCCGCGCAGGCCAUGA